AUGACCGCAGUCGACGAGAAGAAGACCGUUGUCGAUAAUGGGAGCAGUGACGAGUUGGAGCAGGGGUCGUCCUCUGCUGGGUACAGCGAAAUUGAUACCAAGAAGUUGAUUCGCAAGAUUGAUCUUGUCUUGAUUCCGUGGCUUGCCCUACUUUACUUACUGAGUUUCCUCGAUCGCACGAAUAUUGGAAAUGCGCGUUUGGCCAAUCUGGAGGAGGACCUGGGCAUGACCGGACUGGAUUACAACAAUGCGCUCGCCAUCUUCUUCCCCUUUUACGUCGCCGCCGAGAUCCCCUCCAACAUCAUGAUGAAGCGCUCGCGACCCGCCAUUUGGAUUCCCACCAUCAUGCUCGCGUGGGCUAUUGUCUGCUCGCUCAUGGGUGUCGUGCACAACUACCCUGGUCUCAUGGCUGCUCGCGCGUGUCUUGGUAUUGCUGAAGGCGGUUUGUUUCCGGGAGUUACCUUCUAUAUUACCAUGUGGUAUAAGCGCCACGAGUGCGGUCUCCGCAUGGCCAUCUUCUUCUCCGCUGCCACCGCCGCCGGCGCCUUUGGUGGUCUGCUCGCCCGUGGUAUCGUCGAAAUGGACGGGCUGGGCGGACGUGCAGGAUGGGCCUGGAUCUUCAUCAUCGAGGGUCUCCUCACCUUCGUCGUCGCCGUCGCCGCCUUCUUCGUCAUGAACGACUACCCGGACACGGCCAAAUUCCUCACGCAGCCCGAAAAGGACGAAGUCGCGCGGCGGCUCAAGGAAGACCGCAGCUCGCUGGCCGACGAGUUCCACAUACGCUUCUUCUGGGACGCGAUCCGGGACUGGAAGAUCUGGGUGCACAUGUUCAUCACGAUCGGCAUCUACACGCCGCUGUACUCGAUCUCGCUGUUCAUGCCGACGAUCGUGCAGUCGCUCGGGUACAAGAAUGAGACGGCGCAGCUCAUGACCGUGCCGCCCUAUGUGGUUGCCUGUGUGUUUUGUAUCGGCGGUGGGUUCCUGGCUGAUAAGCAAGGGCAGCGCGGGCUGUAUAUGAUUUUCUUUAACGUUGUUGCAAUCAUCGGCUUCAUCAUGCUCAUCUCCUCAGAGAGCCACGGCGUCAAAUACGCCGGAUGCUUCUUCGCCGCGUCCGGAAUCUACCCCAACGUGCCCCAGGGCGUCGCCUGGAACGGCAACAACAUCGGCGGGUCGCUCAAGCGCGGCGUCGGCAUCGCCAUGCACGUCGGAUUCGGUAACCUCGGCGGUGUUAUCUCCAGUUACAUCUACCGCCGAAGUGACGGGCCAAAGUACACGACGGGCCACGGGACGCUGAUUGGGACGUUGACGAUGAGUACGGUGCUCUGUACAUUGAUGACGAUUUAUCUGCGCAGGGAGAAUGCGAGGAGGGAUCGCGAGUACAAGGCGCCGAGCGAGUAUACGGAGGCGGAGAAGGUGGGGGAGAGGGAGAAGGGGGAUAAUGCGACGUUUUUCAGGUAUACAGUUUAG